AUGUCUGCGCCGGAGGUAACACAGUUUGAUCUCUUGGCUUUCCAAUCUGCUCACUUCGGUGAUACCUCAACUGAACAUUUUGCACUUCAAUUUCUGGGUCCUGUACAGGAUACAUAUGAAGCAAUCGAUGACGAUGGUCUUGGGUACUACUCUGACGGAGUCAAAAGAACCCUGACUGAUGAACAAAUCGCGAUCUUUCGACAUUCCGAGAUUCAAACCAUUCUUCGAAAACGUAGGCAUGCCGAAGAGUCCAACCAGUCUGACGAUGAACGCGCUACAUCGGAAAUUCCCAAAACCGAUCAUUUAGAACAAGUCAAGGCAGAGGAAGAAGAUGGAGAGAUUGCCGAAAACUUUUCGCAUCCUGAGCCAAUCGGACCUGCGCGACCGAUCAAAAAGUCAAAGAAGGAACUGAAGAAAAUAAAGAAAGCUCAAGAAGCCAAGGAGAAAGGCUGGUUCAAACAAAAUAUCAAGCCCGACUUACGAAAGAGGACUUGGGAUAAAGUAGAAAAGUCUAUUGGGUCUCUCGCAUAUGAUGACGAUGAUGAGGGUGGUGGUAAUAGCCAUGCCUCAAGUUCAGCGCCGCAGAGAAGAAAGAUCUCUUACGAUGAUCCUUGA